AGCCCUGUGGACACAAUAUUGUUGGAAAAUUGAGAUGUGUGAAACACUAUUUGACUCAAAUGGUAAUAAUUUGUUAUAAAAAAAAGACUAAAAUGUGUUGACUAAAUCUGACCAAGACUAAGAUGCCUUUAGUUUUCUUUUGACUAAAACUAGACUAAAAUGGUGAGACUUUUAGUCGACUAAAACUUGACUAACAAAAAUGAUAUUUGAAUGACUAAAUAUGACAAAGACUAAAAAGGACAUUUCGACACAAGACUAAGACUAAAUUAAAAAUAGGUGACAAAAUUAACACUAAAAGAGAUGGCCAAAUACAUCCCCUCUUAUGGCAGCCGCCUGGCGGUCCUGUCAUUUUGUUGCAUAAAGGAAACUGAUGGGCCUACAACCACAUGCAUUCAAAGGCUCCGUCAAAAGAUUGCAGAGGGAAGGAUUUGUAAAAGAAAAGGAUCUGCUGCCAAAUCUUCCUCCGAGCCAAAGGAUGACCUGAUGGCAAGACACAAGAACACAAAUGCCAUAAGAAGCAAACGGAGGAUUGGUAGGAAGUAGGUUGGCUACAUUAUCAGAAUCAUAGCUUUCAUCAAGUGAGGUCUAAGAAUGGUGGAGGAACAAGGCAUCUGGUGCUGGAGAAAAGUAUCUCAGUGAAACAGAUGAUGGUGAUGGCAAAGAAUCUGUUCUUCCUAGAGGGCAAGUCACAUAAAGGACCUAUUGAGGACUUUACAUAUGAGAUAUGUGAUUUCAAGAAACAGCCUGUGGCCACAACUAGUACUAUCGCAGACCUUUUACGAGCAGUCAAAGCUGAAAAGGGUUAGACUUUACCUGUGUACAAGACCAUUUGUACAUUCAAUCACAGAGUCUGACACUUCAGACACUGAGAACCAUGAACAGGUAUGUAUUAAUAAAUCAGUUUUUUUUAAUGAUUUAUGUUAAUCAGCCGUUUGUAAACAUUUCGGACACAAAGAAGUAAUGUGUACUGUGAUACUUCUUUAGAUUUCUUAGCAAUGGGAAAUAUUCAUGCAGCCUUUAUUAGAAUAUUGUAUCACAUUGUGGUAAUGGUAAUAUAAACCAAAACUAGAAACUAAACCAAAGUUGCGGUCAUUUCAGGUCAAAGGUCCAAGUCCUAUGCAUGAUCCUGAGGCAGAUAAAGAAGAUGAAGCUGAAAGCUCUCCACAGUCCUCCACACCAGAUGUAGGCCUACGUUUCUCAAGUCCAGUGCAACUUCAUCAUGAUGCAAGUCCAGUCCAUUCCAUUGCUGACACAGAAGGACUACCAGCCCUCCUACCAGGUCCAUAACAUUUCCUACAGCUUUGAAGUCCCUGCAAUGUUACUGGACCCCAAUGAAAAUGAAGUUUUCGUCUUGCAAAGUCAAUGGAGAGGACAAGAGAUUUCCAAUGAUGCUGAUGAAACGCUUCCAGUCAUGCGGGAGAUUGCAAUGAUGUCAAAUACUCAGCCACACUCAACUGAUCAGAGCAACACACAACCAAGUUUGGAUGAUCCACAGCCAAACCCAAGGAUUGACCAGGACAUACACAGAUUAGGCAACUCUCAACAGACACCCGUACCCUUACUGGAGAUUGCGAUGAUGUCAAAUACUCAGCCACGCUCAGCUGAUCAGAGCAACACACAACCAAGUUUGGAUGACCCACAGCCAAACCCAAGGAUUGACCAGGACAUGCACAGAUUAGGCAACUCUCAACAGACACCUGUACCCUUAUUGGAGAGUGCAGCAAUUUCAAACAUUCAACCACCCACCGCUGAUGAAGGCAACCAGGUGUUGCAUGGGUUCGGGAAUGCUCAAUUCACUCCAGAGAUUAUUCAUCCACCAUCGAUACCAGAUGUUCCAGAUACACUGGAUGGGCAAACAACAGAUGAACCAAUUACACUAACUAUUAGAAGAGGACAUUGUCUCAGUGAUCUGAUCUAAGCCUUCAAAAACCCAGAUAUUUUAAAUAUGGAUGUCUCCAUCAAGAUGCGCCUUCCAAAUGGAGCACUGGAGGAAGGAGAGGGUAGUGGUGUUACAAGAGAUUGCCUAACAGAGUUUUGGACAGAUUUUUAUGAGAGGUGCACCUUGGGAGGGGACGUUAAAGUCCCAUUUAUUAGGCACGAUUACCAGUUUGAGGAAUGGCAGGCAGUUGCCAGAAUUUUAGUAGUCGAUUGGAGGUUUGCACGCUACUUUCCAGUUAAACUGGCACCUCCAUUUCUUGAAAUGGCUUUAUAUGGUACAAACACCAGCAGCUUGAAGGACUCGUUCUUACAGUAUGUCUCAGAUAACGAAAGACAAGUUCUUCUUAAGGCUUUGGAAGAUUUUAACUCUGGAGAAGGAUGAUCUAUUUGAUGCUCUUGAGACACAUGAUUGCCUGCAAAUGCCAAAUGAAGAGAAUCUCAUACCACUGCUGUCACAAUUGGGACACAAGGCUCUCCUUCAGGCACCAUUGUUUAUCAUAGAGAGUUGGCGUCCGAUUUUGCAACACUUUGCAACAUCUAUGCCACCUGAUGUUCUGCAUGGUGUUUUAUGUCAGAAAAUACCUACUGCCAAAGCUGUGAAGGAGCUUCUGAUUUUCCCGCACAAUAUGUCUCUACAAACAACAGUUGCCCGAUACCUGAAGAGAUACAUAGGAGAUAUGGAUACGCACAACCUUUAGCUUUUCCUCCGCUUCUGCACUGGAUCCAAUUUGAUUGGAAAAAAAAAUCACUGUUGAGUUCAUUGAGACCUCAGAAUUUCAAAGACGACCACAAUCCCACACAUGUGGCUGCAUUUUAAAACUACCUGUAGGUUACCACAACUUUCCAGAGCUGCGCUGUGAUUUUAAUAACAUACUUGCCAGCUCUGUUUGGGUAAUGGAUUACAUCUAGGUAUGAUUUGAUAAAUUGUGUUUUGUUAAUAGGUUAUAUCCUGUAUUUUUUACAUUUUCUAGAGACUAAUGUAAGCUUACCAUACAGUUUGUUAAUGACAGGGAAUUGUGUGCUUGUUGGUUUGUUUUUUUUCCACUGAGGAAUGUCAUACUGUUCAGAAAAUAUUAUUUCCUGUUUCUGCAUUGCGUGAUGACUCUUGCAUUAAGGCUCAUGCAUUAAGAUGUUAAUGAAUUAACUCCCAACAGUAAUCAGUUCAAUAAACUGGGAACAUUUUUCA